CACAGUAAUUAUUGAACAUCAGGAUGUUGCUAGUUUGAAUCACUAGUUUGGAGUACAAGAAUCAGAUACCACAUUACUGCAAGCUUCAAUACCAAGGCUAGUCAAACAAGGACUUGACACUCGGUCUGACAACAAGCACAAUGUCUCUUCCAGAUGUGGGAGAUACUGGUCAUCGAGAUGCGCUUUCAGAAACAAUCAGCAAAUACUUGGCAGAGGAAUCAGAAAGGCAGAAAGUAGAGAGAUCACCAGGGCCGGCUGAAAAACACCUUGCAGUAAUGCAGGCAGAGGAGGAAUCAUCAGUGAUGGCUGGUGUAGGAGAAGUUGUAGACCACGUUGAAGGAAAGCUGAAAGUGCCAAGCUCACAUGGGCCGACAGACGGAGGGAAUGAUGUUGACCAAGUCGAGAGAGAGCAGAAGGUGGCGGGAUCCCCAGAACUUGAUAGGAUGGAAGAACCUGAUGAUCAUGGAAAUACAGAUGAUAUUGCCAUGGUAACUGAAACGAAACCAGCAGACAUCGGGAUGGAGACAGAAGAAGAAAAUAAUCAAAGCUUGUGCUUUUCUCAGGAGCCUGUCCUUAUUGCAAAGAUGUCCUCUGAAUUCAACAAGGUCAAAGGCAACUUCCUGAAAGGGUGUAAAUGGUCUCCGGAUGGUCUGUGUAUUCUAACCAACAGUGAAGACCAAACACUAAGGCUCUUCAACCUCCCACCUCAAGCGUAUGGAGCAAACACCAGCGCUGAUGAUGAGAACGUUGGCCAAGAGAGGGAGCCAGACUCGGUCUUGCAGAUCCAAGAAGGAGAGCUUAUAUAUGACUACUGCUGGUAUCCUAAGAUGGACUCUUAUCUACCAGAAACAUGCUGUUUGGCAAGCACAAGUCGAGACCAUCCCAUUCAUUUAUGGGAUGCAUUCACUGGAAAGCUCAGAGGGACUUACAAGCCAAUGAAUUCAGUGGAUGAGCUCACUACCCCACAUUCACUCUGCUUUUCAAAGAAUGGACGACGUCUUUUCUGUGGUUUCAACAAGACAAUCAGGAUCUUCUAUACUGACAGACCAGGAUCACAAUGUGAAGUCGUACCAACAAAAAAGAAGAAUAUGAACGGUCAGACUGGUAUCAUAUCUUGCUUUGCUAUGGCCCCUGAAAUCAAGAUGUAUGCUGCAGGAUCAUACUCAAAAUCUGUUGGUCUGUAUACAAAUGACAACAAUAAUUUGGUAUGCCUCCUUGAAGGACAGAGUGGUGGAGUAACUCAUCUCAUGUUUUCAUCAGAUAUGAAUAGACUGUACAGUGGAGGCAGAAUGGAUCAGGAGAUUCUUUGUUGGGAUGUGCGUAAACCGGGCCAGAUUCUGUAUACAGCUCUGAGGGAGGUCUCUACACAUCAGAGAGUGUACUUUGAUAUAGACAGUACUGGUCAAUACCUAGUAUCAGGGAAUCUGAAUGGCAGUGUGAGUAUAUGGGAUACAUCACAGCCUCCUACAUCAUCCAUGGAUGACACAGACCCUAUACUACUACCAUGCUACAAGUACAAGGCUCAUGAUGACUGCAUCAACGGUAUCAGCCUACAUCCCCAUUUGCCUGUCAUGGCAACAGCAUCCGGUCAGCGUCAGCUGAAGUAUCUAGGGAAGAGCUUGACCGGUACUAGUGAUGAUGAUGACAGUGAUGAAGAGAUGGAUUCUCCACGGCCGACUGACCAUUCUCUCAAGCUUUGGUCACUUCGUCCGAGGACUUCAGUCAGAUGAUGUCCAGUAGUACUCCUGUUCAGCAGUGACUGAACACAAUUCCAACAUGAAGCACCGACCAAGCUUGAACAGGAUUGCUUCCUCUCAGGUUAUCCACUCCCUGGGGAUGAAUCGCUGUGAGUUGUUGGAGACCAACGUGAUGUGUUGCCUGGAUCCUAGCAGUUUCUCCACUCCCUGGGGAAGAGUCGCUGUGAGUUGUUGGAGACCAACGUGAUGUGUUGCCUGGAUCCUAGCAGUUUCUCCACUCCCUGGGGAAGAAUCGCUGUGAGUUGUUGGAGGUCAACAUGAUGUGUUGCCUGGAUCCUAGCAGUUUCUCCACUCCCUGGGGAAGAAUCAUUGAACAGGCCAUUUCACAAGACAUACAUGUUUGAACCUCAGAGUUGCCGGACCUCGUCUUCAUGUGUUGCAUUUGAUCCUAGCUGCUUCUCUACAUCCUGGGGAAGAAUUACAAUGAUUAAAUAAUAAUAUUCCGCAUUUAUAUAGCGCUUAAUACAUCGGAACGACGUC